GUACGUAUAAUUUGUUCAUGCUACAGCCCUGAAUGUUCCUGAAUGUGUGUGUACAUAUGUGUGUGUUACAUGCAACAACCGUGAAUUAUCCUGAAUGUGUGUGUACGUAUGCGUGUGUUCAUGCUACAGCCCUGAAUUAUCCUGUGUGUGUGUGUGUGUGUGUGUAUGUGUGCUUUUGUGUAUAAUCCUGCAUGUGUGUGUGUGUAUGUGUGUGUUUGUGAAUAAUCCUGUGCGUGUGUGUGUGCUGUGUCAUAGGUGUGCAGGAGGCAGUGGUGAUCUGUCUGAAUAAGCAGACCCAGGAGGCCUCGGAGGAGAGCCUGUGUGUGAGCUCCCGCCGGCCCCCUCAGCUGCUGCGGGCCUGCAGCACCGAGCCCUGCCCGCCCAGGUGGGAGACGGGGGCCUGGAGCUCCUGCUCGGCCACGUGCGGCGUGGGCCUGAUGAGCCGGGCCGUGUCCUGCACCCACCUCCAGUCCCGGGAGAACAACCGCACGGUCGUCGUGAGCGAUGGCAAGUGCCGCCAGCCCAAACCCAACCCGGUCCAGGCCUGCAACCGAUUUGACUGCCCGCCCAUGUGGGAGCUGAAGGACUGGGGGCAGUGUUCCCGUAGCUGCGGAGGUGGCAUGCAAAGAAGGGAGGUCCUCUGCAAGCAGCGUCUCGCGGACGGCAGCGUUCUGGAGCUGCCCGACACCUUCUGUCCCUCGCCGACCCCGCCUACCCUCCAGGCCUGUGACAAGAGAGAGUGUCCCCCAAGAUGGGUCCCUACAGAGUGGUCCCAGUGCUCAGCCACCUGUGGGGAGGGGACCCAGAGACUGGCGCUGGUGUGCAGGAAGCAGGAAGAGAACGGGGAGUACCGCACCCUGGCCCCAGCGGCCUGCGCCGCUUUCCCCGAGCCCACGACCGUCCGAGCGUGCUCCCUGGGAACCUGCGCGAAGAAUUUCAAGCCUGGAGGCACUAAACUGGGUCCAAGCAUCCUGGCUCAGAGGAAGGUCUACAUCCAGUGGCGGAAGGAGAAGAAGCUGCAGCUCAUUAUGGGGGGGUACGCCUACCUCCUCCCCAGGACCUCCGUGUUCAUCCGCUGCCCCGUCAGGCGCUUCCGCAAGGGCCAGAUCCGGUGGCUCAAGGACGGGAAGGCCCUCCUCAGCCAGCCCCACCUUUUUGUUACCGCGCUAGGCUACAUAAAAAUCCAGCACCUCAGGACCUCCCACGCAGGGGUGUACACCUGCGCAGCGGGCCAGGCCCAGGAGAACCUGGUCCUCAAGGUCAUCGGCAGCAAGCAGAAGUUGGCAGUCCCGGAGGGGAGCCUGUGGCUGACAGAGGGAGAGGGGAAAGCCCCUCCGGGGGGCCUGGACCUGCGGCUCUCCUUCGGCAAGUACGACGGCAUCGUCCAGCGCCUGCUGGAACUGAAGGGGGCCGCCAGGGAGGGCCCAGACUCCAGAGAGCUGCUGGACUCGGCUGAGAAGAACGCCUCCACCUUGGAGGAGGACAGCGCCGGGGAGGCCUGGGUCCCCCAGACACUGGUCAUGGAGACGUGGAGGCUGGACGAGAUCAUCAGGAACCUGUCGCUCCAUCCCCAUGCCCAGCAGGCCCUGCACAGUGACCAGCUCCUGACCCAGCUGCUGGUGGAGCUCUCCAAGAACCACGGCGAGAGCAAUGAGUCCACCCUGCUCCACCCCAGCAGGUCCUCCUCUGAGUCCUCUACCCAGAGCUCCAAAUCCAAAACCAGCCCAGACAUCACCCAGUCUAGGGGCUCCACGGGGCCCCACAGGGAACAUCCUAGAGCCCCGGCCAUCUUGCAGAAAACCCUGAGCCAGGAAAAGGAACAGUCCCCCUUGGAGGUUGUGGCCUACGUGGGCAAGCCAGUCUUCCUGCCUAGACAGACCAUCAGUGUGGAGCUUCGGUGUGAGGCGGUUGGCACCCCCGAGCCUGCCAUCACCUGGACGAAGGAUGGGAUAGAGCUUCUGUAUAGCAGCAGAGUAGGCAGGCUGCCAGGGGGCUCCCUGAGAAUCCUGGCUCCGCGCGAGACUGACGCGGGCCUGUACGCGUGCACCGCCAGGAACCACGCCGGCUCCGCCUCCCUGUCUUCUUCGCUGAGGAUCACAGAGCCACCACAGCCUGCUCCGGAUGACCCCCUCUGGACUGCCCUGGCCCGUGCAGCAGAACCUGGUGUCCACACUCUCCUGAUGACCAGCAAUCAUACCAGAACCACUCUGCAGACCGGCACCACUGCCCUCAUUGGCUGCCCCGUUACGGGUCACCCCAGACCCACGGUGUCCUGGUUCCUGAACAGGCAAACCCUGUCCCAGAUUGCAGGAGUGGCUCAUCAGCUGUUGGCGGAGAACCAGGUCCUGCGCCUACCAAACAUCACCCGAACCCUGAGGGGCGAAGUCAGCUGCAGCGCGGAGAACAAUGCUGGGACACUGGAGCUGAGGAUGUCCCUGGAUGUACAAGGGGUCAAGGCCCCAGGGCUGAAGUGUCUGCUGGACGGUGUUGAGGGGAACCACUCGCUGUGCCGAGACAAGAAAAACGCCACGCAGAGUACAGCGGCCUGCCAAGGACAACACUGCCCCCCUAGGUGGCAGGCGUCCCCCUGGUCUCCUUGCUCCAUCAGCUGUGGGGGAGGUGUGCAGGUACGCAGGGUGUAUUGCCAGAGGGGCACCCAAGAGGAGGACAGCUGUGUGGGGGCAGGGAGGAGACCCCCCCACACCCAGCUGUGUAGUGCCAUGCCCUGUGUGGAGUGGGCAACGUCUGCUUGGGGCACGUGCCACGGACGCUGUGUGGGACACCGUCAGGCCACGCAGCACAGGCAGAUGUUCUGCCAGGACAGGAACGGCACCAGAGUCGCCCACGCCGAGUGCAGCUCUCUACCCAGGCCGGGGGCCUACAGGAACUGCUCCACGGAGGCCUGUGCGCUGCAGUGGCGGGUGGGACCCUGGACACAGUGCACCUCCACCUGCGGCAGCCACGGCUUCCAGUCCCGCCGCGUGUCCUGCACCCACCAGCGGACCGGCAAGACCGCCCGGGACGUUAACUGCGCCUGGAGGCCCCGCCCCUCCAGCUGGCAGCGCUGCAACAUCCUGCCCUGUGCCCGGGGGGAGUGCAGAGACAGCACCAGGUACUGUGAGAAGGUCCGGCAGCUGGAGCUCUGCUCACUAGCCCAGUUCAAAGCUCGGUGCUGCGAGUCCUGUCGGGACAGCUGAGGUCACCCCCCCACCUCGUCCCCAGGGGGCGCUGCGACUGAUUUACUCACCAGCCUGACUGCAGAGCACCAUCACUUGGGCUGGACAAAUAAAAAAACAAGCAAGAGAAAGAGAACAUUCAUUUGACACCAAUGAAGGCUUCGAUUUGAUUAUGUUUUUAAAGUGUUGUUACGAUUCCCAUGGAUCAGACAGCAACGAGAGACUUGUCUUGGAACUGCCCUGUGCGUCUGCAACCAGGAAAGAGCUUGGCGCCCCCGGUGGCUGUUGAUGAAGCUGUUUUGUCUCUCAGCACCUGCUGGAUCUCACAAUGUAAAUUCACCGGAGGAGAAGCAGAUGCUGAACAGACCUUCUAGGUCUUGAAUUUUACUUAAUUAAUGCUUUGUUCUUUUUUAUUUUACAAAAAAUCCCCCCUGGCCAGAAUUCCCCCCCAUCUACUGUUUUGUGUAUAUGUGUCAUGUGGAGGAGGACAUUGUUCCCUUUCACAUUGAGAAUUUUAGUUUCAGCUUGUGGUUGCGCAGAAUAAACCCAGCACACAAGUGCAGUGGGGCUGGCCCCUGGAAACAGAGAGGAAGUGAGCUGGACAUUCAGCCAAUCAGAUGGGAUGACCUGAAGCUAUUCUGUCAGUUACAAGACCACUUCAGCCUUCCUUUGUUUCCCUUGUCACAAGCACGGGGUCAAAGGUCAGUGAUUUCUCCAUUUCUAGUGGCUCACACAUAGAGUGUACACUUACAGGCAUGAGAUGAAACCAUUUGCGCCCCCAAGAAAAGGUCUGGGCCGUGAGUCACAUCACAAAACCGUUGGAUCCGUGGCCUGUGGAAUUUGUUGUGGACUGUAAAUUUUGUUGAAAUUGCUUGGUUCAAAAUGGCCUUAUUAUAAAUUUUAUGAUGCUGUGACUGUUUUGCACAGGUUCUGGAGCACUGUGGUUAGAGAGGAUGCACUGACACAAGAGGGUUGUUUGGUCCUUGCAUUGUCAUGAGAAACCCUUGUGUACCUCAAGGCAAUCUGUUUGGCACUCAUCUCAGCAGAGAUGGACUGAGGUAAAAGCCAGCAGUGGGUGGAGUCCAUAGAGUGGACACUUUUUUUUAAGAUUCCCUAUGCUCCAGAAGUCCUGCCCCACAAUAAUUCAAGCAUCAUAAUAUAAAUAAUCCUAUCCAGCAAUCUGGUUUUGGACACUAGUUGAGUUCCAUUUUUAGCUAAUAUUACAUAUUAUUACUACUGUAUAAUUAUUAAUGAACUCCAAGUGGUUUUCAUACUAACGCUACCAUGACCAAACAUUGACAAAUCUGAUGCCGUUAAUGUUGAAAAAGUUGAAUGAUUGUUAAUUUCCAAGAUACUACAGUAAUACCGUAAGUGGCUUUAGACACACAUUGGUAUUACAGUAUAAAAUUAUCCAGUUCAGGUUUCAGCAUAUGACUGGGACAACACACUGGGAAAGGAAUUAAUAUUUAUCUUCUUUAAGUGCCAUCAAACUUUAUCAAACCUGUCUUUAAGUGCCCCUCCCACGCCACUUUUGCACCAUGGCCAGCAUGUCAUUGUGAAAGAGACACUCUCCUUAUAGAAACAUUAUGAAAUUUGGUAUCCUCUAUUUCACAUUGAAAAUGGCAGUUUUGUGUGACUUCAGCUUUUCUAUUUCAGUCAUAUUUCAGUUCACCUAACUAGUCGUUUGGGAGUUUCAAGGUGACUUGAUUGAAAUUUAUCCAGUGAUUUUACCCAUGGACAAUAUAUACCAUGCUGUAUUUAAUGCAGUAUGCAAAGAGCCUUUUUCUUGUGUUAAUUGUUUUAGAAAUAUUUAGAAUUAAGUAUAAAACACAAUUGUUUACAUAGUGUAACUCAUGUCAUUAAUACUUGCCACAGGCAUUAUGUUGGAGUAUAAAUAAAAUUGGUAGUCAGGGAAUAUUCUCAAGUUAAUACAAGUUCUGUAAAUAUUUGAUUUUCUUUUUUUUUACUAGAGCUUUUUUGUUUUGUUUUGUUUUGUUGUAUCUUUAUUGGUUCUAUUUAUUACAAUGUCACAUUUUGUGCAAGUGCAAUUGUUUUUGUAAAUGAAAGCGAUUUCUUGAGUAGUUCUGCUGUAAAUGAACAUUUCCGGUUUUGUUCAGGCAUGUAUUUGUUGUUGUCAGUACAGUGCAUGCAAUGUAGGCUUAUAUUGCUGACUUGCUAAGUUCAGACAUACUGUACCAAGCCUGGUCAUCCUGCAGAUAAUAAAAAAAGUUUUACAUUCCUUUCCAAA